GUCAAUUCUGGCAUGAUUCUCUAAACUUAAAACUAAAUUUAAGGUCAUUCUCACCUUUUCAUUCUGUAUAGAGAAGGACAAGGAUGCACUGUUGUCAAAUUUAAGUUCAGUUUUAGAGAAUCAUGCCAGAAUCGACAUCAUUGUAAGGCUUGUGUUAUGUGAGGAUAUGGGUUAGAAUGGAACGCUGUAAACACUUCGCGGUACAUAAGUAUAGUUCUAAACGUACUAAAUAUAUGAGGCAAAACGCGUCACAACGCAACACGUAAGAUAAAUAUAGUUCUGCCUUUAGUUUAAUAUUUCUGCAUCCGUCCUCUUUUCUUAAAAUCGUUCAAUUUCAGAUUUUGAAUCGUCCGAAACACGACGCAGGUACUGGCAACAUUGAUGUUUUGUUGACGCAGAAGCGCAAAUAGAGUGCGCAGGCAGUGCAACGAUUAACAGGUUUGCAGGCAGAUAAAAGUGAUGUAAAUAACACAUAAAUCUCAAAAUAAAUAAAUAAAGACUACGCUCGGUAUUAUCAAAUACGUAUAAUAGUUGUUGCGAAAGGAUUGUACGCCGUAGUGUGAUCGUUCAGAACUCCAUGGCAACGGAUCAGUGAGAAACUACGACACAGUGACGGUCGCCUCCUUUAUAACGAUGAAUCCGUGAUUUAAAAUCAUUAAAAUACUUAAAUAAAUACUGUUGUUGGUUGGAGAGACUUUUUGUUCCCCGGAGUGCCACAUCUCGAAGGCCUUCGUGUAUUGGAUGAACAGAAAGGCAAGUACUGUUUGCCCUUUGCUAGGUCGUCUUCACCUCUAAUAAAAACACUACACGGAUUUCGGAUCUAUACGUGGAUUCACGUCAGCUUUGUUCACACGUGUCUUGAUUUUAUUGAUUUACAAUUUUAUUUAUAACUUAUGUAGAUGCUAAGUUGUUACAUGGCUGUAAAGGUAUGGCACAAAAAAAUGAUCGAGCAACUACCUAUUUCGUAAUGACUACAUACAUCAAAUAAAGCAAGGAAAUCAACUUUAUAAUCGUAGUUCAAUCAAGGGGACAAUUUUGACACUUCCAAUCGAUGAAACCUGCGUGUGCUUAAGUAGCGUAAAUAUACCGAGUCAAGAAAAGAAAAACAUAAUUGUCGGCAAUGUUCGCUUCGCCACUGUUUUGUUGUGGCAUGUCGAUAUAGGUAGUAUGGUAUGGGCUGGGUUGAUGUUCUUUGUUGUUCACGUAGUCAGCUGUUCGAGGGGGUGCGGGCCGAAAGGGGGAGGGAAGGGGCUAGACGGGUCGUGCGCGCGCCUAUAACUAUAGGUAGAUAUUGCUAUUGUACUUAGUUUCGUUUUAUUACCUUUUGUGCAGCAAGCAGGCAGGGGUUUUCUUUAUAGAGGCACAAUGUUGGUUUUAAAUAGUCGCAUACAGGUCAUACAUGUGUCGACGAAAGCAUUCUUAGAUGUAAUUGAUUCUGUUGGAAUCGGCUGUUGGUUGGUCCUAUAAGGUAUGUGUACCUUUGUAUAGGUAGGAGGCUAUACUUGGGGUGAAAGCUACAAUUUAUAAUUAGAUAGAGUCGUUAGAAAUAUCAAAAACCUCUGGCCAUUGCUCUGACUGACCAAACACCUUUUACACCUUAGCGAUCUUUUUAUGAGAGAUCGCUGUAUGCUCUAGUCUAGAGUGCCUAGUUUUAUUUUUCAAGCCAAAUUAGAUAGGGGAGAACUUAAGGGUAACGUCAAAAUCCUUACCUAGAUAUGCCUUAAAAAAUAAAACUAGGUCGAAAUUGUCCACUCACACUUAGCAUCCGUAUGCGUAGGUUCCUAUGUGAUUAAAGAAAAAAUACGUGUCCAUUACCUUUUAAACACUGGUCGGUAUUAAAAUAAGAGCAAAAAAUGUACUUAUACGUGGUUCGGUCCUAAAUCGUAAUACAUAUUUAUUGAUACGUUAAAUCCAAAUACCUAUGUAGUUAAAAUGCACCCUUACCCAUCGAAUUUCGAUGCAAUAGCAUUGUUUUCAAUGUUUGCACUAGAAUUGUUUUCUAAUGGCUCCUCUACACAAUGGACCGUGAUGGACGAAUACAAGCGAUCACGAACGUGUGAGUGAAGGGCAUAAUCGCUUGUAAAUUGUCCAUGCCUGGCAACAAUCGACCCGCUGUGUCGGUUCGGCCAUGAUUGUGCGUGUGUGCGUGUGCAACACGAUCGCCGAUCUCUCAGUUUACAUUUGGCUACGGUAUGGUUAGGACCCACAUUUUUGUUUCUUUUACACCGUUGGAAUACGUACCUACAUAGGAUUUGGUUAAUAAAGUACCUACUUCUAGUUAUCAAUUACUUCCAUUAAGUGCUUAAUUACCAUGUCGGAAUCCAAGUGGACUACUGAUAAAACAUUCAAAUUUAUUGAGCUAUACCAAAAUGAACCCGCAAUUUGGAAUUCAAAAAAUAGACACCAUAAAGAAAAAAGCGUCGUAAGUACUACCUAUUUAACACUUUUAUUUAACUUCACCUGUCCCGGUUUCCUUAUUGUCUGUUGGUGAUCAAAUCUUUCAAAUUAAAGAUCUACUAGCCGGUUUCCGAUUGAACUGAAAUUUUACAUACAUACCUAUAUAUAAAUUAGAUGAAAAUGUAAUAUUAUCAUCAUGCCGUGGGUGAUAAUCUUAUGAUGCAUGGAAUUUUGCGGACGCAAUUCUCAAAAUCUAAAUGAAUAUACCUAAAUAUCUGAUUAUGGAAUCUUGCUGACCGCAAAAAAUCAAUUAUAUAAAACAGCUAAUAAUAUUUUACAGAAUUGUUUCUUUUCAUGCAGUUCUUUUUACAGGUGAAUGAUGCAUGGAAACGAAUUGAAGAUGCAAUGUCCAUUCCUGUACCAGAAUUGAAAAAGAAAAAGGAAACCUUAAUGUCAGCUUUCCGUUUAAAUCAUAAAAAAGUAAUAACAUCUAUUAAAUCUGGUGCUGGAGAAGAGGAAAUAUUUAAACCCAUAUGGAUUUACUAUGAUGCAUUGGCUGCUUUCAUGAGCGAUAUCUACGAAUGUAAAAGCAUUUUAACUACGGAAAAUGAGGAAUCCUCAGAAAAUGAAGAAUCCAAUUCCGAUGAAAAUCUUCUAGUAAAGAUCCCUAUUCAAAAAAGACGACGUCAGAAACCCGUGGAAUUACAGGAAACCCAAAUGAACACGGCAUUGACUACUCUUAAUAAUAUGUUAAAUAAUACGAAACAUAAAAACGAUUCCCGAGAUGACUGCGAUCUCUAUGGUAUGCUUCUUGCGAAAAAGUUAAGGUCAUAUCCUGAAAUAGAAAGACAGGAGAUUAUGUAUGAAAUUGACGGUUUGCUCUUAAAAAAGCGUAAGCGAGACUACCAAAUUAAAAAUAAAACUGUAAUAGGAUCAUCAUCCAAGUACGCUAUCAAAUCCCGUCCCAGCUCUACAAAUAGCUCCAUCAAUUAUUCCGCUUCUCCCUCUCCAACUCCACCUGAACAAUCAAUUGAUUCUAUUAAUUCACCCUCCGAAGUUCUCAUAAUUCAAUCUCCAUCUCAAUUUUUGUAAUACACAUACCAAAUCCAAAUACUUUUCCAGCUGUUUCCCAAGGUACGAGUACUACUGUGAGUCACAGGAUAUUCUUACCGACGCCUGUUAUAAUGCGGAAUUGGACGAAAAUUAGUAAGUCAAUUGCCUUACUACUAAUUAAAAAUUCUCACAUACUUACGUUAUAAUUGUUUUAUUUAUUUACCUUAACAAAAUCCUCUACAUCGCAUUGAGAGCUAGGCAUACUUCGUGAAUUAUUUUCUAUAUUCUUUGAGAAGAAAUUUUUAAAUGUAUAAUGCAUACCUCUGUAGCUGUCUCCACUGCUGGCUAGAAAUCUUAACGUGAUUGCAAGCCUUAUCGUCACUGGUAUUGAUUCUAACUCUCUAUCUCUAUAUUCUGUCAUAUUUUUUCUACAAGAUAUUCAAAGUUGAUAAAAGAUAUGCGAACAGAGUUACCGAUUUUUCCAGAUAUUGCUGUCAGCAGCGAGCUGAUUAUUUAUUCACUGUCUAAAAAAAUAUGCAGCAUGGUAGAUGGAAGUGUUGUAGGAAUUGGUCGUUCAAAAUUAUAAUAUUACAUUAUAAUAUUAAAUGUUUAGAUACCAGAAGAACCGACGGAACCAUCAGAUUACUGAUCUGUUAUUCAGUAACAUAUGAUAUCCUUCUAAUAUUAUAAACGUAAAAGUUUUGAAGUUUUGUGUAUGUUACUCAAUUACGAAAAAACUAUUAAAUGGAUUUGGACAUGGACAUGGUUCAAAUUUGAAUGUAGGGGGGUUUUAGAGUCACCAGCAGACUCCAAUAUUUUAUGUCUCGAUUUCCUUUUCUCCACUUUUUUAUCGUAUUCAUAAUAAAUAGUAAAAUCUCUCACCAGCUCUGCCAUUCUAUAUUAAGCCAUCGUGUGUAGAUAGCUGCAAAAUGAUGGUAUCGGUCAUGGCCAAUCUUCUGAUCGCCCAUCAUGGCCAAUAGUGUAGAGGAGCCAUUAUAGUUGCAGGCAGCGUGGCGGUAUUUGUGCACGUUGGCUACGUUGAUACAAAAUCAAUCCAAUCUUCUAGUCCACUCUAAACACUGCACAAUUCGCGUCGCAGUAACAAAAGACAGGUACAUAGAGGGAAGAAGAUUGUGUAUACGACUAUAAACCUGCGCGAAGCAACUUCAGAGUGGAGUCUAGUGAAUUACAAGUUUGGUGUGUGCCAGGACCGCACCUAAUUGUAUGUGUAGGUGAGUGCGCAUCUAAUUUGAUGGAUCCAUUAAGUCAAAUAUUUGAUAGAUCCUUAAAAACCGGUACGUUUCCUGAUGUGUGGAAGAAAGCAAAGGUAGUUCCCAUAUAUAAGCAUGGCGACGAAACCUUAGUAAAAAAUUAUAGACCAAUAUUUAUAUUGAUUGCUUUCUCGAAAAAUUUUGAGUCCGUUCUGUGUCCAAUUUUACAAAACCAUAUGAAACAUUUAAUAUUUCAAAAUCAGCAUGGUUUUGUAACGGCUCGGUUAACAUGUACUAAUCUAGUUUCAUUUACGGAAUUGUUAGCCGAAUCAGUAGACUCGUAAGCAAAUAGAUGUUACAUACGCAGACUUGUGGAAGGCAUUUGACCGAGUCACACAUAGCAUCUUAGUCCAUAAACUUCCAUUAUAUGGCAAAGCGGGACCACUUUUAAAUUGGUUUAAGUCAUACCUAGACGCAAGAUCCUUUUAUGUUGUUAUGAUUGGGGCGAGGUCGAGUGAACACGUAAUAACAUCUGGCGUGCCUCAAGGCUCUCAUAUUGGGCAAGGCUCCCAUUUUAUUUAAUUUCUUCAUUAAUGACAUUUCAGAAAGCUUCCAGAACUCUUGCCCAUUCCUAUAUGCUGAUGAUCUAAAAAUUGCGAGAUCGAUUGAAUCUCACAAUGAUACUUUGUUGCUCCAAACUGAUAUUGAUAGACUUACGGAAUGGUGCAUCACCUCAAUAUCCAGAAAUGCUUUUACAUGAGAUAUUCUCGCAAUCGCAAAUGUGUUCCUUCCUCAUACACGGUGUCAGGCGAAUUAAUUCAGGAAAUCCACCAUAUUAAAGAUCUAGGUGGUAUAUAUGACAGUAAGCUCACAUUCGGUCUGCACAUGGAUCACAUAAUUAAGAGAAGUUCCAAAAUGUUGGGUUUCAUUAUGAGAAAUGAAAAAUUAUUUCGCAAUACUAAAACUAUAAAAAUACUGCAUAACAACUUUGUUCGAAGUACUCUUGAAUAUUGCAGUAUAGUCUAGCAUCCAUAUUUUUCAACGUAUAAUCCAAGGUUGGAAAGACUUCCAAAAGAGGUUUCUGUGGCAUUUGGCGCGCUCUUCGGGAAUUGCUAAUAGGAUCAGAAACUAUAGUGACAGAUUAGUCUAUUUCAAUAUGAUGCCAUUGAAUAUGCGACGUGACUUGUUGGAUCUGCAGUUUCUAAACAAACUUCUCAGGAAUAAAAUUGACUGUUGCCAGCUGCUAGGAAAAAUAAAAUUCAACGUUCCCCGUAGAAACCCACGGCUCACCGUUAAACCACUGGUCCCACCCUUGUGUAGAACUGUCCUAGGCGCUAAUUCCCCAAUACCUCGUUUGUGCAAACUCCCCAACAAAUAUAGUCGGACCUUAGGUGUCAAUAACGAUUCGCUGGCGAAGUUCAAACAAGGGUUUCUGGAGGCUUAUGAGACAUGACAUGCAUGUAAAUGUUAAGCAUUAUGUGACAGUUGGUAGAAACAUAAGACUUAAAACUUAAUGUAUAACAUAAAUUCUAAAAUAAAAAAAAAGUAUGAUCGGUAACUUUACGCAUGUCUUUGCUAUUAAUUAUUAGUAUAUAAGUAAUCUUGGUGAGAAUUUGUUAUUAUUAUAUAUUUUUUUAAUGUACACUUUUAACUAAUUUAUAUAUGUGCAUGCAGUGUUGGCCUUUAAUUGGUUAGCUCAUUUAGCAUUAAAUUCAGUAGAUAAGACUUAUUGUAUGUUUCAAUGUAGCAACCAUUGGCUGACCUAAAUAAAUAAAUAAAAACUACUUCACGCAUUUCCCCAAAAAAAAUGUAGUGUCAUGCUCAAGCCAUUCUGAUGUUUGGUUGGCUUGUGUAUAACCACAACUGGUAAACUCGUAUGAACCAGAACCCGAUACAAUAAAUAGUACCUUAAAUAAGAAACUAGAUGCUGUUAAGAAUCAAAAAUUGGGUAACUCACAAUUUAAAAUAAUUGAGAAGAUAAAAUAAAUAAAUAUAAAUAUUUCCAACACUCACACC